UCCCUGUCGAUCUUCAUAAAACAAUAUUUUCAGCGACGGCGACACGUCCGUCACCAGGAGCGCCGGACUCGUUCGUGCCGUCCCCACGGGGCUGCCGGCCGGCGCACACGGACGGCGGCGUCUGCCCGGCACCUGGCGCGCCUCCAACGCUGCCGUUUGACCUCACCUCCCUGUCCCCUGCGAUGCCCGGCCGCGGCACGCGCACAAGUUCCUCCUGGCGCUUAAUUCCCCUGCUUCGUGCCCUCCGCCCUCUCGUCCACUUCGAACGAUGCGGCUGGCGCGCGCGUGUGGCCGCUUCAAACUCCUGCGGCCAUCUUAACCUCUCUUGCCAUCCCCAGCUCGUAGCUCGUAGCACUGGUCAGCUCUGGGCACUUCUCGGUGCUCCUGAGCUGUGUUCAUGGCGAAGCUUCUCCCUGCACUAGCUGCAGCACUAGUAGCUCUGCUUGCGGGUUGCUCUUGUGGGGUGCGAGGUGGCGAAUCGCCUGAAGCGAGGGAGUCCCUCGUCCAAUUCCUUACAGCGCUCGCCGGCGGCGACGGGCAGGCGGCCCUCAGGCUGGGGUGGGACGCGUCGGUCGAUCCGUGCGCCGGCACCGACUCAUCGUGGGGCGACACCAUCAAGUGCUUCGAGAACAAAAGCGAAAACGUCGGGAAGAUCAAGAAGAUCGUGCUAGAUGGCAAGGGCCUGAGCGGGACCAUCGACGCGGCCCUGCUCUGCGCGGCGCCGGCGGUCCGCGUGGUGCAGUUGCCGGACAACAGCCUUCGCGGCGGCGUCCCCGCGGGCAUCUCCGCCUGCUCGGGCCUCACCCAGCUGAUCGUCAGCGGCAACCAGCUCUCCGGCAGCUUGCCGCCGUCCCUCGCCCAGCUCGGGAAGCUCGAGGUUCUGGACGUCUCCAGAAACAACUUCUCCGGCGAGAUCCCCGGCGGCCUUAGCAAGCUUGGCGAGCUAGUGAGGUUCGUGGCGAACGACAACCAUUUCAACGGCACCAUCCCGGACUUCGACCUCGACAAAUUCCAGAACUUCACCGUGUCUACCAACAACAUCACCGGGCCAAUUCCCAAGAACGCUGAAAGAUUCGGCAAUGACAGCUUCUGGCCUAACGCCGCCGGCAUGUGUGGUCGGCCGUUCUUCGAUCCUUGCCCGUCGUCCCCGACGACGGCUCCGUUCAACUCGCCGUCGCCAAGCUCCGUCUCCGAGGACGAGGACGGGCAAGGGGAGGACAACCACAAAAAAAGAACGGUGCCCAAGAUCGUGAUGUACCUCGGGUACGUCCUCCUCGGCGCCGCCAUACUGGCCUUCGUCCUGUACAAGAUCUGCUCCAAGAAGAAGCGGAGCAAGCUGGGGCGCAAGUCCAAGCCCGGCGGCGGCAGGGGCGUGUACGACAGCAGCAGGCUGACGACAACCACGACCACGACGUCGGUGAGCCCGAGCAAGUCGGCCUACUCGCUGCCGACGUCGGUCGAGCAGAGCGCGGCGGGCGCGCCGCCGUCGGCGUCGCUGGUGGUGCUGCGGCGGUCGGGCACGGCGUCGAUCACGUCGAACGCCGCGGCGGCGGCGGCGAAGGAGCUGCGGUUCGAGGACCUGCUCAAGUCCCCCGCGGAGCUGCUGGGGCGGGGGCGGUUCGGGAGCUCGUACAAGGUGGUGGUGCCGAACGGCGCAGCGCUGGCGGUGAAGCGGGUGAAGGACGCGGCGGUGGAUGAGGAGGCGUUCCGCCGGCGGAUGGAGCGGGUGGCGAGCGCCAAGCACCCCGCCGUGCUGCCGCCGCUGGCGUUCUACUGCGCCAUGCAGGAGAAGCUGGUGGUCUACGAGUUCCAGAGCAACGGCAGCCUCGCCAAGCUCCUGCACGGCUCCAUAGAGAGCAGCCAGGGUCCCCUGGACUGGCCGGCGCGCCUGCACAUCGCCGCCAAGGUCGCCGACGGCAUGGCGUUCAUGCACACCGCCCUGGGCCGCUACGGCGCGAGCUCCAACUCCUCCACGUCGGGCGAGGAGGCGGCGGCCGACGGGCCCAUCGCCCACGGCAACCUCAAGGCCUCCAACGUCCUCUUCACAGCCGGCAUGGAUCCGUGCAUCAGCGAGUACGGCGUCACCGCGGCGGCCCCGCCCGCCAGCCGCAGCGCCAGCGCCGGCGCCGCCGCGGCCGCUCUCCGCGCCGACGUGCGCGCGUUCGGCGUGCUGCUGCUGGAGCUGCUGACGGGGAAGGCGACGUCGGAGCGGGGCGACGGCGCGGAGCUGGCGCGGUGGGUGACCUCGGUGAUCCGGGAGGAGUGGACCGCCGAGGUGUUCGACCGCGCGCUGCUCGCCGGCGGCGGCGACGGCUCCAGCGAGCAGCGCAUGUUGCGGCUACUGCAGGUGGCCAUGCGGUGCGUCGACGCCUCCCCCGGCUCGGCUCCGCCGCCGACCAUGCGGGAGGCCGCCAGCAUGAUCAACGCCAUCCGCGAAGAGGACGACAGGUCCUUCUCCUUGGAAGCGUGACAGGAUUGACCAGAGCUCUGAUGGUAUUAUACAUAAACAUGUUUAAUUAUUCACAAAAAAGCCUGUUAAAUCAGUUGAAAUUUCAGUAUGUAGCACGUACGACGAUGAUGCAUCUGAGCAUAUAAACACUUUGUAACUAUUGUUGAUUAGCCCAGAGGAUUAUUGUAUUGAUUUCGCUGAUGGAACUUAGGGUGUGUUUGGUUGCAUGCACCAUAUGAUGCAUGCAUGGAUGAUUCUGGAUGGGAUGGUUCAACCAA